AGUCUGGUGACUUUUGAAGCGAUCAAUCACCUGAACAAAAAAAAAAGUAAAAGCUCAAUCACGGUAGAAAAGAGCUGAAGAGACACAGCACAUGAUUUUCUCAAUAUGAAAUUAGCAGUUUUAUUUUUGUUUUCGGUGGCAACGUCCUUCGCGGCAGAAGAAUCGUGUGCUGGACGUUGUCAGAAUGGCUUUGACCCCAUAAUGAAAUGCCAGUGUGACACUUUGUGCAAGUACUACGGAAGCUGCUGUAUAGAUUUUGACACCACAUGCAAAACUAAAAUUACACGUGGAGAUGUGUUUGAGCUUCCUGAGGAAAAUCUGGCCUCUAAUUUGAGUCUCACAACAACAACAGCGAAUAACACAGAAAUAUUUACCACCUUCACCAAUACCUCCACCCACUUUCCAGACCCUGUGGAAGAAACCUGCAGUGGAAAAUCGUUUGAUGCCUUCCUGCAGAUAAAGAACGGCUCGGUUUAUGCUUUCAGGGGUGAAUACUUCUUUGAACUGGAUGAGAAGUCAGUGAUGCCGGGUUAUCCCAAACUCAUAAAGGAUGUCUGGGGUAUUUCCGGUCCUAUCGAUGCUGCCUUUACUCGUAUUAACUGCCAAGGGAAGAGUUAUAUAUUUAAGGGUAACAAGUACUGGCGCUUCGAGAGUGAUGUCCUGGACGAAGAUUACCCGAGAGAUAUCUCAGUGGGGUUUGAAAAGAUCCCAGAUGAUGUUGAUGCUGCAUUUGCCAUUCCUGCUCCAGCACACAACAAAAAGGAGAAAGUGUAUUUCUUUAAAGGUGAUCGCUAUUACCAGUACGAGUUCAAGCACCAGCCAUCUCAUGAGGAUUGUGUCCAAAUGACCAAAGCCUCCCCGUCCCUCCUCUUUACUCGCUAUACUGACCUGUACUGUGACCACAACUGGGAUGACUUCUUAACCUCACUCUUCCAAAACAAUCAAGGAUCAGGACAUCACAAAGGGCCACACUUCAUUGCGAAAGACUGGGUGGGCAUUAAACCUCCAAUAGACGCUGCGAUGGUGGGACGGCUGUACCUGCGCCCCAAACCUUCUUCUUCUUCUCCUGCACCUUCACUUCCACCUGUUGUAGCUCCAGAUAGAAGUAGCAAGACCCGAGGCGGGCGCAAGGGCAAGGGUAAAGGCAGAGGGAGCAGAACCAGCAGAUCAGACUUCUUGGAAGAUUACUACUCGGAUUAUUUAGAGAGGUUGUUUGAAACCAAAAGAAGAAAUAAAGGUCAAAAGAAGGGCCGUGGAAGACGCCCGACCUUUUACGACUACAGCUACGACUACACAGACUACACUGAAGUGGAGCAAGUGCAGGAGAAAACAACACCCGUGCAAAAUGUCUACUUCUUCCAGAAAGAUAAAUACUACAGAGUGGAUCUCAAGACCAAACGCAUCGACUUUGCAAUCCCUUCAUACCCGAGAUCCAUCGGCAAAUACUGGCUGGGAUGUAAAGAAAAGGACCUGGCAGAGAAAAGAUAAAAAAUAUAUAUAUAAUGUCUCUUUGAAGUCAAAGCUAAAAAUGAGAUACACUCUAGUACACAAGACUGUAAUCCAAUCAUGGCUGCUGUAGAGGACUGAGGUUGAAAGUCUGCAAUGAUCAAUAAUUUGUUAAAGCCAUUUUUGGUAAUAAUCCAAAGAUCCUAGAAAAAUUCUUCUCUGCUCAACACACAGGGUCUGGUGGUUAUUCAAAACGAACAUGUAGCAUGGAUUACUGGGUUCUUUUGUUUGCGAGUGAGAACCAGACACUAUGCUUCUAAAUAUGUAAUUACUGCAUAAUAAACAGAUGUACUCUUUG